UAGGAAGUGGUAGCCGUCAAUCACAAGGGGAGACUCCAAACAGUGAGCCUUGAGCUGGGAGAACAGCGUUUACCGGCGGGGCGGCGGGUUUAGCAAAUGAAGCUAUGGCUACAGAUUCUCCCAGAAGACCCAGUCGUUGUACUGGUGGAGUUGUGGUUCGCCCCCAGGCUGUCACGGAGCAGUCCUACAUGGAAAGUGUUGUGACUUUUCUACAGGAUGUCGUGCCACAGGCUUACAGUGGAACACCUCUAACAGAAGAAAAGGAGAAAAUAGUCUGGGUCAGAUUUGAAAAUGCAGAUUUAAAUGAUACAUCAAGAAAUCUGGAAUUUCAUGAAAUACACAGCACUGGGAAUGAGCCACCUCUGCUGAUUAUGAUCGGCUACAGUGAUGGAAUGCAGGUCUGGAGCAUUCCGAUCAGUGGGGAAGCACAGGAGCUCUUUUCUGUCCGACAUGGCCCCAUUCGAGCGGCUAGAAUCUUGCCUGCUCCACAGUUUGGUACUCAAAAGUGUGAUAACUUUGCUGAAAAAAGGCCUCUCCUUGGUGUUUGUAAGAGCACUGGAUCUUCUGGCACAAGUCCACCUUACUGUUGUGUAGAUCUCUAUUCACUUCGUACUGGGGAGAUGGUCAAGUCUAUUCAGUUUAAAACACCUAUCUAUGAUCUCCAUUGCAACAAACGGAUCCUUGUUGUAGUCUUGCAGGAGAAAAUUGCUGCCUUUGAUAGCUGUACUUUCACAAAAAAAUUUUUUGUCACAAGCUGCUAUCCUUGUCCAGGGCCCAACAUGAAUCCUAUUGCUCUUGGGAGCCGAUGGCUUGCUUAUGCAGAAAACAAGCUGAUCCGAUGUCAUCAGUCCCGUGGUGGAGCCUGUGGAGACAACAUUCAGUCUUACACUGCCACCGUCAUUAGUGCUGCUAAAACAUUGAAAACUGGCUUGACAAUGGUUGGGAAAGUGGUGACUCAGCUGACAGGCACACUGCCUUCAGGUGUGACCGAAGACGAUGUUGCCCUCCAUAGUAAUUCCAGGCGGAGUCCUUUGGUUCCAGGCAUCAUCACAGUAAUUGACACUGAAACAGUUGGAGAGGGCCAGGUGCUUGUGAGUGAGGAUUCUGACAGUGAUGGUAUUGUGGCCCACUUUCCUGCUCAUGAAAAACCAGUGUGCUGUAUGGCGUUUAAUACAAGUGGAAUGCUUCUAGUCACAACAGACACCCUUGGCCAUGACUUUCAUGUCUUCCAGAUUCUGACUCAUCCUUGGUCUUCAUCACAAAGUGCUGUCCAUCAUCUAUAUACUCUUCACAGGGGAGAAACUGAAGCCAAAGUACAAGACAUCUGCUUCAGCCAUGACUGUCGCUGGGUUGUGGUUAGUACUCUCCGGGGUACUUCCCAUGUUUUCCCCAUCAACCCUUACGGUGGCCAGCCUUGUGUUCGAACACAUAUGUCCCCACGAGUUGUGAAUCGUAUGAGCCGUUUCCAGAAAAGUGCUGGGCUGGAAGAAAUUGAACAAGAACUGACGUCUAAGCAAGGAGGUCGCUGUAGCCCUGUUCCAGGUCUAUCAAGUAGCCCUUCUGGAUCACCUCUGCAUGGGAAACUAAACAGCCAAGACUCCUACAAUAAUUUUGCCAACAACAACCCUGGCAACCCCCGGCUCUCUCCUCUCCCCAGCUUGAUGGUACUGAUGCCUCUUGCGCAAAUCAAGCAGCCAAUGACAUUGGGGACCAUCACCAAACGAACAGGGCCUUAUCUGUUUGGAGCGGGGUGUUUUUCCAUAAAAGCUCCAUGCAAAGUUAAACCACCUCCACAAAUUUCACCCAGCAAAUCGAUGGGCGGAGAAUUUUGUGUGGCUGCAAUGUUCGGGACAUCCAGAUCGUGGUUUGCAAAUAAUGCAGGUCUGAAAAGAGAAAAAGAUCAGUCCAAACAAGUUGUAGUUGAGUCUCUCUACAUUAUCAGUUGCUAUGGGACCUUAGUGGAGCACAUGAUGGAGCCACGGCCGCUCAGCACUGUCCCCAAGAUUAGUGAUGACACCCCACUGGAAGUGAUGACCUCACCUCGAGCCAGCUGGACUCUGGUUAGAACUCCUCAAUGGAAUGAAUUGCAACCACCAUUUAAUGCAAACCACCCUCUGCUCCUCGCUGCAGAUGCAGUCCAGUAUUAUCAGUUCCUGCUUGCUGGCUUGGCUCCCCCUGGAAGUCCGGGGCCCAUUACUCGGCAUGGGUCCUAUGACAGUUUAGCUUCUGACCACAGUGGACAGGAAGAUGAAGAAUGGCUUUCUCAGGUAGAAAUUGUAACACACACUGGACCCCACAGACGUCUGUGGAUGGGUCCCCAGUUCCAGUUCAAAACCAUCCAUCCCUCAGGCCAAACCACAGUCAUAUCAUCCAGUUCAUCUGUGUUGCAGUCUCACGGUCCAAGUGAUACUCCACAGCCCCUUUUGGAUUUUGAUACAGAUGAUCUUGAUCUCAACAGUCUCAGGAUCCAGCCGGUCCGCUCUGACCCAGUCAGCAUGCCAGGGUCAUCCCGUCCAGUUUCUGAUCGAAGGGGAAUUUCCACCGUGAUUGAUGCUGCCUCAGGUACCUUUGACCGGAGCGUGACCCUGCUGGAGGUGUGUGGGAGCUGGCCCGAGGGCUUUGGGCUGCGGCACAUGUCCUCCAUGGAGCACACAGAGGAAGGCCUGCGGGAGCGGCUCGCUGAUGCCAUGGCCGAGUCGCCGAGCCGGGACGUGGUGGGAUCCGGAACAGGUAAAGGUGGCCUCACACUUCCAGCCUGA